CAAAAGAAGAGGCGAUUCAUUGCUUAUAAUUAACGCUAAUUACUAUAUAAACUCGGAAUUCUCUUGCAAGGUUGUAGGGUUAAUCGCAUUUGGGGAGAAUCGUCCCUUCAAUCAAAAUCAUGGAGGGGUGGGAUCAGACGACGAAAUCAACGCUAACCCAGAUCCCAUUACUGACCACAAAAGCGGGUCCACGCGACGGGGCGGCGUGGACGCGGCGGCUGAAGGAGGAGUACAAGGCGCUGAUAGCUUAUACCUCGAUGAAUAAGUCCAAUGAUAACGAUUGGUUUCGGAUCUCCGCUGCUAACCCGGAAGGGACCCGGUGGACCGGCAAGUGUUGGUACGUUCACAACCUCCUCAAGUAUGAAUUCGACCUCCAGCUCGAUAUCCCGGUAACUUAUCCAGCUACAGCUCCCGAACUUGAGCUGCCUCAAUUGGAUGGUAAAACUCACAAGAUGUAUAGAGGUGGGAAGAUUUGCUUGACAGUGCAUUUCAAACCGCUAUGGGCAAAGAAUUGUCCUAGGUUCGGAAUAGCUCAUGCACUGUGUUUGGGCCUUGCACCAUGGCUUGCAGCAGAGAUUCCUAUACUUGUGGAUUCCGGCAUGAUUAAACACAAAGAUGAUGCUGCCUCUUCCAGUGAGGUUUAAUUACUUAAAAUUGUAUCCUAGAUGAGAUAGACUCGCUAUACAAGUUUUGGAGCUCUCAGCUUGGCCUAAUUAAAUAAAUGCCAUGCUGUAUUGAGAUUGUUGAUGAGGAGUCUUUGGAGAUGUACAAGUCAAUCAUAUAUGCUAACAGACUGGUUUGAGAGGCUUCAUCUGUGUUUUUUUUUAAAAUAUAUUUUUGGUAACAU